ACACACACACACACACGACACACCCAGUGAUGUGUUGACAUUUUCCAUUAUUUUUAAACAACUUAUAACUUCGCCGUUUAGUUUUGCACCAUGGAGCUGGACCGGCGGCUGCUGCUGGCUCACUGUGCCGCUCACGCCCUCUCUGUGGCGGCCGGGCUGCUGGUGGUCGUCCCCAUGGCUCUGAACGGAUCCGCGUUUAAAGGCCGCUGCGCACUCUUCUCCACCGGCUUCUGGAGGACGGAGGACCGGGCAGAGCUGACGGGGCAGCCGGGGGACGUCUCUCAGCUGGUGGUGCAGCAGUGGGGGCCUCCGGCUGCCUGCCAGUUCGCCACAUUUGUCGGUAUUUUCACGGUGCUGUACGGGGCAGCGCAGGGCUGGAGGAGCCUCUUCUAUCUGCACGGAAGACAUGAUGACACCCUGUUUUCAUCCUUCCUGACGGUUGUGCUGAGUGUGUGUGUGCUCUUCCUGUCCGGAGGGGCCAGUGUCAUCUUGUCUCUGGGCUUCUACUCCUGGUGCGACACCGUGACUAAUCUCAACACACGACCAUACAGCUGUGCAGAGUCCCAGUCUGUUCCACUUUACCUGGAUGUGGACACCUCAUCUUUUUAUACAGAGCUUAGUCUGGCACAGGUGUCUCUGUGGGGAGUGACGGCUCUGUGGCUGGCCCACUCCAUCCUGGCCUUCCUGCGGCUCUACCACUCCCACAGCCAGCACAUCAGCGGGCCCUGUGGCCCCCGAGAGAAGGAGCUGCUGCUGAGACACAGUCUGUCCGACAGCGGCUCCCCCACACCUCCCACCGCCGCCACUCCCACCAUCUUUGUCUAACUGAGAGGUAGUGAUACCACAUGAUGCACCCUGCUGUCAAAAAUACGUUUUAAACGUCAUUUCCCCCCUUAUCACUACUGCAUGUAGAAUAUGGGCAUGAAAGUGUUUGAUUAAUUUAAUAUAAUUCAUACUUCUUCAUCUUAUAUAAUUUAAAGUGAUAAACAGUAUAGGAGUUGAUAUCAGCUGAUAAAUAGCAAAAUGUCAGUAUAGAAAUGCCAAAGAUUUGUUUUAUCCAUUAUAGGAUAGCACUAACACGUUUCUGUUUAGCAUCCUGGAGGCUGUCAGGCUGUAUUAUAAAUUACAAGAUGUUGAGCAUCACUAAAACACCACAACUUCAGUUUCUGCCAUGUAUGUUCGAUUACAUUUGAGCCACAGAUCUAAACAUCUAUUUUUCUUAAUCCUUAAAAAAAAAAUGUGUUCUAAAAUCCUCAAAGACUCUUUUAACCAUUUGGAUGAAAACAAACCCGUCACUGCACAAUAAAGAUGCUCAUCUCAUUUUAGAGUGCAGUUAAGAGUAACCAAAGGUUGAAUUAUUAGACAUUUUCAGCAUUUAAAUCCAGCUUUGGCCAAAAGAACGACAGAAGAUUGAAACCGUUGUCAGUACGAGAGUUAGGGAAACGCAUCCUGAUAUACUUUGGUUUCUUAUUUAACAGUUUAUGUUAUAAAUGAUCAGAUGUGAUAGAAUAAUACAGGUACAGUUAGUAUUUUGUGUACACACCAAUCAUGUGUUAUGUAUCUGUACAUACACUACAUGUGUUGCCAGUUUUCCUUUCUACUCAAAUGUAAACACCACACAGAGUCCUCCCACUUUUUGCAUGUGCGACCUGUGAGGGAGGCCAGUGAUUGUAACUUGGUGUCGCUUCUUCUGGUUUCACAAAGAUAAUGUUAAUGAAUUACUCUAAAUAUUUAACACAACACAAGCAAUUUAGUUAGGCUAAGUAUUUCGGAAUAAUGUGUGAGAAAGGUUAUUUCCUUUUGUUCCCAAAUGGCCCAAAUUGAAUGAAUGCAGCAUUACAUAAUGUAUGUAUUAGCUUGCUUUGUUAUGCAUGACAAAAUAUCCAUGCAGAAUGGCUUACAUAUGUCAUUUCCACCUACAUGUUUUUGUUUUCAUCUUGCAACAAUAUUAUAUAUAUAUAUAUAUAUAUAUAUAUGGUUAAAAGAGUCUUAAAUAACUUUGAAAAUUCCCUCCUAACUUAAACAAUCUGUGGAAAGUUUAUUUUCGCUGCUGUGUAAAGGUGAUACAUGACAGCCACUAACUGACACAUACCUCAAGUAAAAUGGGAUUUCACAGAACGAAAAAGACACACUCAUUAGAAUAAUUAAAGCAGAUGUAUUCAAUUAUAUAUUAACCACAGUGUUCAAAUGAUCCUUGUCAUUUGACGGUGCAUUAAUAAUGCAGUAUAGUUCAUUCAAAUCACUGAAACACCACGAGCAACCAGAUGGUGUUUUUCCUUCAGUCCUUGUUAAAUAUAUUCAGUAUGCAUGGUUGUUUACAUUGCCUCUGGAGCCUGACAUUUUUGCACAGUUGUUACUCGUCAGGGAGAAUACACUUUGUUUGUUCUGAGUGUAAUAUUCAGAUGUAGCACUGAGGCGCUUUUAUUGUGGAGAAGCAUGUGGUGACAGUGUGACGGAGCCACGAGUACCAGGCUCACUGUGUGAGCAUGACCCAAAUGUUCUGUUGUGUAACGGAGAAAUCACUGCUGACCCUCUCUCUUCUUGUGACGAUUUCUAUCAUGAUGCUGUUUGUCUGGACGCAGCCGCUCAGGGCGUAGAUGGAGCAAUCAAAUAAGUGAUGAGAAAAGAAGUUACUACCUUUGCUGAUUGUCUAAAACAAAUGAUUCAAAGUUGUUUCAAAACUUCUCUCCUAUUAUCGUCACCCAAAGUGGCUGUAAUGAAACACAGAUAGCGGAGAAAGAAAUCUGAAGUACAGAGAGAGGAGACAGUAGUGAAGUUGAAUUGUAAUAUAUGAAAUGUUUUUGUAUUAUAACUGACAAUGGUCUUGCUUUUUUACCUGUUUCGGCUUGUUCACCUUUUUGCAUUUGUCUUGUUUGUCCCAUCAUGAAAAGAAUGUCUCCACUCAUAAAUAUCAAAAUGAA